UGCAGGGUUGCCAACCUUUUUGCUAGCCUGACUCCUGUGCCUUUAAAAAGACCUUGACAGUCCAAGAUUAAGCAGAUGAAGCUUUUGCUGCAAUGGAAAUGAAGAGAUGGGGAAAUCUUCACCAGUUUAAUUUCUAUAUGCCAGGUUUCCUCUAAGAGCAUAAGAGCAGGAGCAGGUAGAGAGUUGGCAACCCUGCCUGCUGGUGCCUCGCACCCACCACUGGGCCUGGGAGUUCCGCCAUCCUUGUUUAGAUCCAAAUAUGGCAGUUGCUGGAGGGGGGGUCCCUGGCCGGGAGUGUUUACCGGUUGCAACGGAUCCUGAUGGGGCUGGAGGUUCCGCUGCUGCCUUCAAUCUCUCUGGACUCGACCGUUGGCAGGAGGACUUUCUGGCCUCUCCUGCUGCUCACAGCAAAUUUCCGUCCACUUUUGGCCGUGAGGUAGCGCAGAACAUGGCCUCAGACAAGGAGUCCAGAGACAUGGGAGAAGGAUGCCCCUUACUCCGCGGCGUGGGCAGCCUUGAUGGGGCUACUCCUGUGGCUCCUCUCAGUGACUUCCAGCCACAGGAGAUAUAUGAAGAGCGCUCCGUGGCCAAAACCAGCAAAUGGUCACUGAAGUCAUUCUCGGACGGCUCCAGGAUUCAGACGGUCAACACUGGGAACGAGAUCCUGGAAGAAGCACAUGCCAUCAGUUCCCUGAGGAGUGUCUUCACGGUUGAGGAGGAUGGAUGGUUUCUCCAGACCGUGGCCACCGAAUGGUCUUGUGAGAUUCCUGACAUCCAAGAGGCCGAGAUCCCAGAGGUCAACACAAGGGAUCAGGAGCUGGACGUGGAGAGCUUCGUCAGUUCCCCGAGCGUCCAGAGGCCAAGCACCGUGCGGAGGAGGCUGCAAAACACCGCCGCUGACCAAGAGCCAUCCCUUGGAGAGAGUUCUUUCUUCCCGGGGGCCGAGACUCCACACACCAGCGUGGAGGACGAGGGGUCGGAAGGGGACUGUGCCACCAGUUCCCCCAGAGUCCAGAAGCCAAAGAAGUGGCUCAUCAAGAAGAUGAUGAUGAACACCUACACAGUGGAAGACUCGUCCUCCGCAGAGUGCUCCUCUACGGACGAAGAUGACACGAUGCAUGACAUCAGCAGCAUCGAGGACGAGGUGUGGGACUCUCCGCUGACCCCCAGUUCGGCCAGGAACAUCGACGAAGAGGAAAGAAGAGGACAGCUGGCCCCAGAUUGGUUCUCCUCGGUCCAUCUGGGAGAGGGGAGAGCAACAAAGAAGAUCGGGGACGUCAUCCGGAGCGUGGAGUAUGCCAGUGAGGUGGAGGAGAGGUUCCCCGAACUCCUGGUAGGCCUGGUCAACAAGAUCCUCACAGGCCUGCAGAACACCACCGAGGGAGUCGGGAACCGAGACAGCCAAGACCUGCCUCCUGAGGAGACCGCGCAGAUUGUCCGGACCCUGCUGGAGAGGGUGGCACAGGUGACCCCGGAGAAGACCUGCUGGGAAUCCCUGUGCUCUCCGCAGAACUGCCUCCAGGGUGUGGCCCUCUUGGUGAGGGCUCUCCUACAGACACCAUCCUCCACAGUGGCCAGGCUGAAGGCAUACCUGGCUUCCCUCUUCAGCCUGGACAAAGAUCCAGAUCAGCAUUCCCUCACAGAGGUGGCCUUCUUUGUGGAGCUGCUCUUGAAAGACAAAGACUUCGCCGCCUUGGAGAAGACUUGGACGCUCCUGGUAGCGUGGCUAGUCCACCCCAGCCAGAACAUCCGCUACCUGAGCGAAAGGGGACUUCUCCAAAUUUAUGGAAAGCUGAAGGCGGUGAAAAAACCCCAGGAUUUUAGUGCCGGGAUCCUGGGAGGGCUCAGGACCACCAGUCUGGAAGCCACUUUGGGGGUCCUGGCCUUCAUGGAGCGGCUGAGGCACUGUCCAUCGGAACACCAGGCCACAGUGAAUGCUGUCCUGGCUGCCCUGUGCCGCCCUCUCUUCCACCACGAGGAGGCUAAGAUCCGAAGGGCAGCCAUGAAGACCCAUCUGGAUCUCCUGCAGCACCGCCACCACCAUCAUGAGGGUACAGAAGAAAACAUCACGACCCUCGUCGCGGUGCUGAUGCAUGUGGAGGAUGAGGACCUGGAGGUAGCACAGGCUGCGAAGGACAAUCUGAGCCUCCUGGCGGAAACCCUCCUAUGGCACCUGGAGGGCAGGCUGCUGGCGCGGGAUUCUUACAGCCUGCAGGAGCUGCUCCACAAGAUCGCCAAGCGUCUGAUUCGGCAGCUCGGCACAGAGGACGCCGUGGAGAUGGAGGCCACCAAGAUCCUGGGCUUCUUCCGCAGCGAGCAGCCUUCAGUGAGGAGAACGGCUGCCCUGCUGAUCGGUCACCUGGUCCAUAAAAAGGGCAGCAUCCUUACUGAAGGGAACAUAGAGACCUUCCAUGCUGCGCUGGAGAGCUUGCUUGGCGACCAUGACCCCGAGGUCGGGAGAGUUGCCUGCAAGACAGAGAAGAUCGUGAAGAAGGCCUUUUCCCUCCACUCCCGGCACGGGCUGCGGGCUGCCGUUCGGUGCUUGUGGGCGGGCUGUAAGAAGAAGAGACACCCGCCAGAGUACGGUGAUCUCUCCACCUGACCGACUGGAACAACAGCCCCGUGCUCUCCCCUUGAAGAUCAGCAGCUGAAGGGAGGUUCAGGAAAGACCGUGCAGCGCAGGGGCCUCCCAGAAGACCUCCUCCAACCGCGUGGACACAAGAUCUGUCCACAAGAAGACAUCCAGCAGGGAAGUGCAGUUCUGUCUGAGGAGUGAGGGGGAAGCAGGCUCCACUCCCCUGGCCCAAGGAAGCCCCGCCUCUGGGGUGCAGAAGCCCCUCCCCUUGCCUCUGCUGGCAGGCUGUGGGAGGAGGCUACAGGACCACCCUGCCCCCAAGUUGCCCUUUGGAACCAUUCUUGGGCUUCCCUUGGGUCCGGGGAGGAUGUGUGGCCCCACCAGGAGGGCAAGGUCACCGCCUCCCUCCCUUCCCACCAGCUGGCCAGGGAGCGCCCCCUCCUCCUUCCACCUUUCUCCCCUUCCCCAGCGGCCUGGCUUCCCCUGGCAGGGGAAGCACCAUCCAGGCAUCCGCCCCCCUCCCCUGCCGAGGGUGUGCUCCCCCCCCCACUCCCGCAGCCACUCCUCACUCCCCCCUCCGCUCCCUCCUCCUUCCUCCCCAAACCGGUGCAGCAGCAGAGGAGCCCGGGAGACUCUGGGGGCCCCCUGCAGCCCCAGUAGCGCCCCCUGGUGCUGCCCGGUGGCAGGCUAGAGAAUCCUCCUCUCCUCCAGCUCCUGCUGUGUAGCACGUGAUGAGGAUACCAGCAGCAGGCCUCCCCUCCAGUCCUCCCCUCCAGUCCUCCCCAUUUCUGGGGAGCAUCCCCUCCCCUCCAUAAGAUUUGGCAGGCACUGAUUCCUGCUCUUCGCUGUCUAAGGGGAUUACAAGGUGUGGCCAUGACACCAUCCCGUGCUGCAGUGGGGAGCCCGAGGUCAAGCAGAAUUCUCGGGCUUGCCCCCCCCCCCCGUCAACCCCCACCCCCUGCCCGAUCCCCGCUUGCUGGGCUGCCGGAGUGGAAAGGGAGGAGGAGCAGGGCAACCCCACUGACGCUGCUUUGUGCUUCUUGCAGGCUUGUGCUGCUGCUGGGCGGCUGGAGGAGUCGAUCCGCCCCAGAAGAGGAGACCAAGUGAACGUGCCUGCAAGGAGCGGGGGGGGGGGGGGGUUGGGGGUUGGCUGGGACUCCCCCCAAUUUUGUUUGCCCUGCCAUUCCCUUGUUCCGUGUGACCCUGGGCUUCCUUCCCUCCCUCCCUCCCCCUCCCUCCCAGGGACAGAAUGGGCUUUGCUGGUCGUCCUGUUGGGGGCCGAGUAGGAAUUUUUGGCUUUCCAACAGAUUGGCCGAGAUGGAAAGUUUUUUUGCCUACUCCAUUCUGUCCUGUUUUGUUUCUUUUAGUCAGGAAGUUAUGUGACGACUGGAAAUAUUACAUUAAUAAAGUUGCCACUUUUGUUAGCA